AAGCCAGUAGCAUUCAGUACGUAUUCGAGAUCCGUUAAGUCGGUUAGUUAAGUGGGCAUACUAAAAAUGAAGUUCGCUAUUGCCCUGUGCCUGCUAUUGGCCACCAGUGGCUUUGCCAUGGUUCCCAAACAUCCCGCCGACCUAGUCUCCAUGUUGGCUCGCCAACAGUUCGCCGUUCGCACUUUAAUGGGCGCUCCCGAGGCACGGGAUGAAUCGAACCUGGUCAAUGACUGCUUCAACCACUACAUGGAGGACCAGACCAACGUGAUCAUGAGCUACAACCUACAGUACACCGGAUGUCUGAGGACCGCACAAACUGGUCGGGAUGAGCUCACUAAGGAGAGCGCCUCGGAGCGCGAAGCCCUUCUGGAUCGCACCAACAAAAUGUGCUCCAGUCUGACCCAGUGCGAUACCCUUGUUGAUGGCCUGGAUUUCUUCGACUGCUACCGCAAUGCCUCCUCCGACAGCUACAAGGUUAUGUUCACCCUGAACAGUGACUCCAGUCUGGACUUCAAUCGCAUCAGUGCCAAGUACCAAGUGAUCGAGACCGAUCUUACCGACUGUGUGGAUUCAGCUCGCUUGGAUUACGCCCACGACAUGGACGCGUGCGACGAGAAUCUGACGUUGUGCUUAAAGGGAGGCGAGACUUCCCCUCAACCGACUGUCCCCACUACGACUUCUGGGGCUCCAUCGACUACUACGACUACUGAAGCUCCAGUGUCCACUACUCCUGUAGCUCCAUCGACAACUACGACUACUGAAGCUCCAGUGUCCACUACUCCUGUAGCUCCAUCGACUACUACGACAACUGAAGCUCCAGUGUCCACUACUCCAGUAGCUCCAUCGACUACUACGACUACUGAAGCUCCAGUGUCCACUACUCCUGUAGCUCCAUCGACAACUACGACUACUGAAGCUCCAGUGUCCACUACUUCUGUAGCUCCAUCGACUACUACAACUACUGAAGCUCCAGUGUCCACUACUCCUGUAGCUCCAUCGACAACUACGACUACUGAAGCUCCAGUGUCCACUACUCCUGUAGCUCCAUCGACUACUACAACUACUGAAGCUCCAGUGUCCACUACUCCUGUAGCUCCAUCGACUACUACGACUACUGAAGCUCCAGUGUCCACUACUCCUGUAGCUCCAUCGACUACUACGACUACUGAGGCUCCAGUGUCCAGUACUCAAGAGAGCACUACCGAAGCCACUUCCACUUCCGAGCGUUCACCUGAGGAAGAUAUCGACAGAUCCUUGCGUCUCGGUCAGAGGAGAUCUUGGAACCUGUUUAAGCGCUUCUUCUAAUCUUGAGGAAUUUUGUAUUAUUUAUUGCAUUCAAUGGGAAAAUUUAAGAAUCCUAAUAAAUUUUGCUGCCGAUAAAGCGUA